GAACCCAAAGAUGGCUGACCUUCCACCAUGCAGGCUACGUCUGUUCAAGCCACCAUUCUUCUCCACUGGCGUAGACUGCUUCGGGCCCUUUCAGGUGAAGAUAGGUCGACGUCAAGAAAAGAGAUGGGGGAUCUUAUAUAAGUGCUUGACAACCAGAUGUUUACAUCUUGAUCUCCUUGAACACCUAGACACAGACGCUUUUCUCCUGUCAUUACGACGCUUUAUAGCCCGCAGAGGGAAGCCCUUUGAGAUAUUAUGUGACAACGGCACCAACUUCACUGGAGGUGAUCAUGAGUUAAAAGAAUCCUUUAGUCAAAUGACACCUGAACUUCAGACACAACUGGCUAAACAGCAGAUCCAGUUUCGCCAUAUCCCACCGAGCGCCCCUCACUUUGGCGGUACAUGGGAGCGAGAGGUGAAGUCAGUUAAGACUGCUUUACGAGUCAUUUUACGGGAACAAUCCGUGCCUGAAUCUGUGCUGCAAACAUUAUUAGUGGAAGUAGAGGGCAUACUUAAUUCCAAGCCACUUGGCUAUGUUUCAUCGGACAUUGCAGACCCGGACCCUGUGACCCCGAACAUGUUACUCAUGGGACGCCGUGAUGCCUCCUUACCACAAGUCCUUUAUGACUCGAAUGAGCUCUUGGGCAAACGCAGGUGGCGACAUAGCCAGGUAUUGGCUGAUCAGUUCUGGACUGCUUUCAUACGCAGCUAUCUACCAGAACUACAGGGCAGACAGAAAUGGACAUCGGAUGGCAAAGGGUUGGCAGUAGGACAAGUGGUGCUCCUAAUUGACCAUCAACUCCCACGAGCACUAUGGCCUGUGGGUACCGUGACAGAGACCUAUGCAGGAGCAGACAAGAGGAUUCGGACCGCUAAAGUCAAAGUCAAGGACAAAACAUAUCUGCGUCCUGUUGUGAAACUGAUUCCACUUCCUCCAAAGAGGGAUGGGGAUAAAGACACUUUGGAUGGCCUUUCUUAAGGGCUACAAUUAGCCUGCCGGUAAUUGGGGGCGGCAAUGUCAGAAAGACCAUAGGAACGGAAAUUAAGAAACUGUUUCUGACGGACUGAUAUUGUAGUUGUUACUUCCAGUAGACUGAUGCAAUAGCCAGCUCCAGACGUGCGAUCUCCAUUAUUGUUCAAUGUUGUGCGUUCAUGCAAACAAAUACCACACACAACGCAAUAACUUAUGUCAAAUACUGCCAUUUGAUCCAUCACAUCUUCAGAUGAUGUUGUAAGGGAUAUCACUGCUUACCUGAAAGUACUAUUAAAGAAAAGCUUGAAAGGAUUCACAUCGACCAUGCCUGAUUCUCUAACCGGAAUCAAUGUCCAUAUUUGUCCGCCAGUAGAACUGAAAAUUUAACAAGGUUGACAGAGGUGGUAAUCUGCAACAGAAUUUAUUUAUAAUCAUACAAAUAGUAUAGUAGCCUACAGUCUGUGUAUUGCAUGUAUUGUUAUAUUUGAUGUUGGAGAAAUUGUCAUGAUGUUCAGUAUCCACUGCAGUGCACUAAAAUAUAAAUUUAACACAAAAUAUAUGGGCAGUUGGUAUGAUUUUUUUAGGGGGGAAGCUGAUACAGUAUGUUCAGCGUUGUGCCAAAAUCAUUAAGGAAUUAUGCAAGAUUUCAUGAACUCAUUAACUGAGAAGUUGCAUGAAAUAUUUUUACUUAAAACAUUUAAUUUGUCAAAUCGCAGGAUGAACUAGUGAUGAAUAAAUGACGAUUUAAAAUAGCAAAAAUGGAAAUGGUGCCAGUUAUUGGAAAAACUGCACCACACCUCUGGUUUAUGAUGUUGAAUUGACAAUUAAUCAUAUUUCAAACAUUAUCGCAUAUAUCUUAUUGUUUGGCUCUUGAGAUGCACCUCGGGUGUGAUGUUAGUCUCUGAUGAUGAACCUCUGAUUAAAAAAAAAAAAAAAAAAAAAAAAACCUCUCCUGAUGUAACUUUUUCAUGACUGUAAAUGGUGACCAAAGAUGUCAAACCUCGAAAAAGGUUACAAAAGUGCUGUAAAAGUCUAACUCUUGCAUGUUAUAUACCAAGUCUUCUGAAGCCAAACAAAAGUGAGAAACAAGGCAAAUUUAAGUUAUAAUCUACUGCUAACCUUCUCAUCCAACACUGUCUCGGGAUCAUUUCGCACGUAUUUUACGAGGUGGCUAAUUCGUAUGAAUUCGUACAACCUUACUCGUAUGAUUUUGUACGAUUUGUCUCGACCCCAGUGAUGGGUAGGUUAAG